AUGGCGAUGGAGAUCACUCAAUUCCUUGUGACUGCCAUGUCAGCUGAUGAAGGAGUCCGUACUGGAGCCGAAGGAAGACUCCGGCAUUCCAAGAGCAGGACUUACCUCAGUUUCUUCUAUCACUCUUCUUUGAGCUCGCCAACGACGAUAAACCUGUUGAGUCACGCCGAUUAG